CGUGGCGGUUAAUAAGAGAUCGUCACUGAUUGGUUUACAUUUUUCUAUUGAUUACCUAGAAUUUUUUGCUUUCACAUUAGGCCUAUCUCACAAGAAUUCAUUCAGUGAUGCUGUACUCCGUCUGUUUAUAUGGACGUACGCAUGCAGUCCAUCUGUAGCAGCACAACGCAUCGAAACGUGUAAUUAAGCUCCAGUCAUGGCGGAGGGUGGUGGAGAAAAGAUGGAUUUAGAUGAUGAUGCCCAAUUUACCUGUCUGAUCUGCGGUCAGUCUGGUAUGACUGAGGUGGAUAUGCGGGCUCACAUCAUGAUGGACCAUGUUGACCAGGAUGUGUGCUGUCCAUUCUGUGAUCUCAGUGGCAUCACCCCAAAUGAGAUGAACCUGCAUGUCAACAAGGUCCACUUAGAGGAGUACAAAAGUCCCAGUAAGGAACAUAAUAGCAAGCUCAUGGACACCUCACCUAGCACAUCUGGGGAUGAAAAAGCGGAGACAGAAUCACCUGAGAAGGAAACACAUAAAUCUAGAUCACCCAAAUCUAAAGAUUCUGGCAGCUUAUUGACAGCAAGCCCCAUUAAGAAGAAUGGGGCAACAACUAGCCAUUGUAGUAGAUCUAGUUCAUUAGAAGAUUCAGGGAAAAGGGCAAAAUUAAAUCUGGACAUAUCAUCGCCAGUCCAGAUAAUGUUGCCAAGACAGAGCUCUGUGGAAGGUCCUUCAGGUGCUGGGCUGACAACACUGUCUAUACCAGCCUUUGGGCGACCUGACCUGCAAGGAAUCCGUGCCUCUCUACAACCCAGACGAGCAGAAAUGCUCUUGGUGCCCGACAUCAACUACAAUGUAGAACCUGAUAUCAACUCCAAUGUCCCUAUGGAGUUUUCUUGUCCACUUUGUCAGUUCAGCACACCAUCCGAGGGUGACAUUCAAACACAUGUCAAUCGGGACCAUGUUGAUAUUCUUAGUCCGUGUAGACCCAGGGAUCCACAGGAAAAUAAUGAAAACCAAAACGGUGGUUCCAGAUAUAUUAUGGACUCAGCUAAAAUGAUGGAGUAUGCUUGUCCUUUUUGUGAUUUGACUUUGAGAUCAUCUGAUGAUCUACAGAUUCAUGUAAAUUCCAAGCAUUUAGAUAUACUAAGUCCUGACAGAGUGAACACAGAGAAUGGUGGACGUGGUAGCAUGUCAAGCUCAGCUGAUAUGUCGGAUUGUGUCACUUGUCCAGUCUGUGAUCAGGAGUUCAACGACCUGAUGAUACUAGAAAUGCAUGUCAAUGGUCACUUCUCUGCAGAACAGACACCAGCUGAGGAAAUCAAUGACCAGGCCCUGGCAGCAGAGCUAGGGAAAUCAGAGCAGGAGGAGAAGAAGAGGGAGAUGAGGGAGUUCCAGGCAUUGCAGGCAAUGUAUGGUAUGGCUGGUGGAACAAAUUACAAGAAACAAUACGAGAAGAACUUGGAGAAGGCUGUUGCCAAGGGAGAUUUGUCUGUCACAGAAUUCCACAUGAGGAAAGCUAACCUCAGAGGUCGUGACCUCAAUGGAGUUGAUGAUGGCCACUCCUGUACUAAAGGUUUAAUAGGCCAUCUGGAGGAGUACUACAAGACAUCUACCACCAGUGUUGUGGACUACCAUCUGUGUAACUCAGUCGAGCAUUUCUGUGCAUCUUACGGUGACAAGGGCUGGGGGUGUGGCUACAGAAACUUCCAGAUGCUCCUCUCUGCAAUGGCAGCUAACCCCACCUACUGUAAAAUACUGUUCAACUCAAAUAAAGCCCAGAUCCCUUCGCUACCCAAGAUACAGCGACUGAUAGAGGCAGCCUGGGAGAAGGGGUUUGACAAGCAGGGCUGUGAACAGCUAGGUGGACAUGUUGUGGACACCACUAAGUGGAUAGGGGCCACAGAAAUCGCCGCUACUCUUCUCUCCCUCAAAGUCAGGUGUCAGUUACUAGAUUUCCACAACCCGUCUGGUCCUCAGGGGACACACCCUAAACUUUUCCAGUGGGUUAAAGACUACUUCUGUCAGCCAUCUCCGGUCAAACUUCCUCUAUACUUGCAGCACCAAGGUCACAGUCGAACGAUAGUAGGCGUCGAAGAGUUAAAGGAUGGAGUUAUACGUCUGCUGAUCUUUGAUCCAAGCACCUCAAAGAAACAGAUGCAGCUGUUCAAUGGCUUCAUAAACUCCAACAUCAUGAGGAUAGUUAGAAGAAGUAUCCAUGGACUGAAGGCCAAACAGUACCAGAUAGUGGCAGUCACAGGGAUGCUGGAGGAUAAGGCAUACGAGGAACACAAGGUGCUGAAAUCAGAGAGGAUAAGUUGACCACUAUCUGAUAGCUAAUGUGAUACCAAUCGUCAGGCUGUGAUUGUGUGCUGGGAAAGUCCUGCCUUGCUACCCCCCAUCUACGACCUCAUUGUUAUACCCCUGUCAUGGAGUGGUAAAGACGGCCAUUUUCGUGUAAUUUACCCAUGUCUUUAAAGCAAAUUUUAAGUCACAAAAAUUGUUCUAUUUAGCCAUAUAAAGAAAUAGAUAAUAUGUGUAUUCAGAUUUUCUUUUACUCUAAUGUUAUAAAGUGGUUAUUCAGCUUGAUGCUUUAAAAAUUGUUUUGUUUACCUUAGAGUCAUGUACACAGCAUUAUCAGGAGAUUCAACGCAAGAACUCUCAACACCAAAUGGAAAUUUCAUAUUUCAAGGGGGUACUCAUAUAUAUAUUGAAGUAAUUCAGCCAUAAACGGACAGUUAUUUGAAGCUAAAACAAAAUUUAUCAAAAACUCUCAAGUUGUAUGAGCUUGUAAAUAUAUUUGCACUCACCCCUAAUCCUAACCCUAACUAAUUUUCUUAAUGGUUUAAAUUAGUAUAUUGACCUUCCCUAACAGGUAGUAUACAAAAAAUAUACGAUACAUUCUGUAUUUAAAAACUGCUCUUAGAUUUUAGCACCGACAUUAGUGUAAAAUUGCUAAUAAAACAAAACCUUCAAAAUCUAGAGUUUUAUUAUGGUUUUUUUUUCCAUUUUUAUUUACAAACAUUGAUUGGAACUAAUAAGAAUAGCGUUUUUUUAAAGAAAACCUCUAGAAGUUCAUAUUACUCAUCUGUAAAAGUUGAUUUCUUGUUUGACACUUCAAACUGUUUGCAAUGUGAAAAUGUAGAUGUUAACAGUGCUGCUGCAAUUUGUAUUUCAUAAUGUGUCCAUAUAUUUGUGCAGGCAUAUGUUUAUUCUAAUACAGUUAGGUGACAGCAAACGUUUUUGGAAAUUCCACUUUUGCAGUAGUGUAAUUUUUCUGAUGGUUUAAUUGUGACCCUGAAUUAUUAUUAGGAUUGAAAUUGAACAAGUAAUGGUGUUGUUUUUUUCAAUUUUGUCUGAUGAAUAUGUUGAUAAUGAUGACACUGAAAUGGUUGUGGUCUGACCUUUUUAUAUGUUACGACAAGUUAAAUGGCAGCCUCUUGCAUAUAUGGAUCUCCUUUUAGAAUUAAUUGUUGUAGAAGUUGAAAAAUAAAUUCUUAGAUUUAGCAAUUAGGUGAAUUCUUCCCUGUACAUACAGACAUACAGAACCAAAGUAGUUUAUGAUGGACAAUGGCCGGGGUUACAAUCCCCAGGAUCGUACAGACUGUCCUAUAUGAUGGACAAUGGCCGGGGUUACAAUCCCCAAGAUCCAACACGUAGAAGACUGUCCUAUAUGAUGACUCAAAUAAAUAUCAACAGGAGAAACUACCAAAAUCUUGUGUGGUGCCAUCAGUCAAACCGAGGCGUGGUGCCAAUUUGGAUCAAUCCGAACACUUGUGUGGACUUGUGUCAGUCAAACUGGGAAUGGACAUUUUGGAUCAAUUCACACUUGUCCACCACCAGUACUGUGGUUUUAAUUAGUUUGCCAUUAUAAUUUCCCCAAAUACUGUGGUGUAAUUUUUAUAAAUAUUAAAUUUUUGAAAGUGUGAACAUACCUCUGGUAUCACCGAUAUAAAGACUUUUAAGGAAUGGAAUGGAUGGCCAGCUUGUUUUCUUAUAGAAAUUUAUUAAUAUUAAAGUUUGGCUUGCUCAAUGUUAUUUCCCUGUGAUACGAUUACUUUAUCUACAUGUAUAGCAUUAUACUGAUUAUUGUAUAUAUAUUUAUAUUAUGUGUAUUAUAAAUGAUGUAUUACUAUGAUUUAUAAUAUUCUAGUAAUCAUAUAUGGUACAUGACUUUAUGUAACCACUAUACAGGGUAGUUGUUAUUAUAUACAUAAUAUAAAUAUACAACAGCGUAUGUAGAUUAUGUAUUAAAUGUAAAUAAUUGAAGUUUAUGUACACAUAUUUGUACAUCAUACAUUGUAAAUUAUGUACUAUAACUAGUGUUAAACAAGUACAUCAACACCACUUAUUAAAUGCUUGUCUCCUUUUAAUACAGGUUGGAUUCUAUACAAGUACAUUCUAUUCUAUAUUCUGAAGAUUCUGAACUGAUAAUAAGAAAGUCCUAUUUAUGACCAAUUAAUUUGUUCAAAGUUUGGAGUUAUUCAAAAUACCAAAACUGUGUGUGUGUAGGUUGAAGGAUUAUGCUAAUACAACUUUGAAAUAUAAUUUUGAAAUUUUCCAUGGAUAGACAGCAAAAACAAAAUACAAAAAGGUCGUAAGUGACAUAAAUUAAAUACAAAAAAGGUAAGUGACAUGACAUUCUAGCUCUAACAUUUGACAAAACAUUAGUUCAUUUAUGGAAAAAUCUUUAAAGGUUGCAACACUUCAGUUUUGACAUUUGACGAAAAAUUUAGUUACUUUCUCAUUCCAGAAUCUCCCAUGACUAGCUCCCCUUCUUCCCUCCAAACAACCCCCAUUUCCUACACCCAACCACACACUACUCCCAUAGUUAUAUAUGAUCAUCAUAUAGCUAAUCUAGGCCAAAACGUUUGUACUAAAUGUUUUCUCAUUCUGGUAAUGUUGAACAUUUGAUCAACACUACAAAGUUUGUUAUUUAAUAAUAGAUAUAUGCAAUAAAUUCUAGUCGGUAGAUAAUUAUGAUUUUAAUUAAACUUGAAUGGUAUGAUGUAGGGAUGAACAAUUCACUGAUGCUAUCAAGGAAAUAUUCCUGAUGACAUAGCACGGUAAUACAGGAACGGGGAAGCAUGAUGGCCAUGACUAGUGAGACAGAAACAGGGAAGCAUGAUGGCCAUGUCUAGUGAGACAGAAACAGCGAAGCAUGAUGGCCAUGUCUAGUAAGCUCUUAGUUUGUACGAGCUAUAAUAUAUAUUGAAAGAACUCAUUGAGUGAGAAAUCUUUUUUUUAUCCAAAGAUAGUUUUAUUGCACCUUUAAAAACUCAUAGCAUAUAGUAUAUAGACAGUGUUAUAUGGGACUGUGUCUAUACCAUUAAGUCUCACUGUCUGACUUACAAGAAUUUAGAACUUGAAGUAUGAAAUUAAUUGUAAAAGCCUUAUUCAGCUUAAUGACAUGCAAUUAAUUGUUCAGCUUAUUUAUUUAUUUUUAAAGAAAAUUUCCAUUAAAUUACUGGUAAUGUAUUCCCAGUAAUUAUUUGAUGGUUAUAAUUUUGAAUAACAGAAUAUGGAAGUUUCUUAAAUUAAAAGAAAAAUUGUUUAGUUGGCAAUUUUGAAUUAUAGAACUUGGAAAUUUCUUAAAAUUACAAAAAUUAAACAUCUAAUUGUUAAUUUAUUCUUUAACAUAUUCAUCUUGAAGAGAUCAAAUUGUGACAGAAGUUAGACGCAGGCUGAUAAUUGUAACAGAGCAGGAUGGAUAUAGUAAAGCAACUUUUUCCGUUAGCGGAAACCAAUCCAUCCUGAACAUCCUGGACUGUUUAUCUACACCUAUAAAUGUGGUGUCAUUACACUGUUACAUCAGAAUCCAACAAAUCCAUUUGGUAAUGAUGGUACAGCUUUGUUAGCAUUACAUUAGUGUUAGAUCUCAGUCGACUGGAGUUUAUGGUAGUCGGGCAAAUCGUAGAGCUUUUCCCUUCUUAUAGUUAUGCCAUGUGUUACCUGGGAUAAGCCAUGCCCAUCCACUUGUAAAGUGAAUCUGAUUUCACAGGCGAGAGUCAGAUAGGGAAUUAUACCAUUUCUACUUAUAAGACCAAUUUUGUAAUGUUUAAUAAGCCCAGUGUUGGUUGCUGUCCUGUUUUUAAGGACUGCGCCCAUGCACCAAGUGUGCAUUGUAACCAUGAUUUUAAGUACCCAAGCUUAAAUUUAAUGCCAUGUUUGAAGAUCUGUUUUGUGAUAUGUAUAUUUGCCUUGUUUCCAAUUUAAUAUUACUUUGUUUAAAUUUGUGUUCAUAGAUAUUAUAUAUACACAUGUACACAUUGUUAUUCUGUAUGUUCAUUGCGUUGAUUGUUAUUAUUCUAUCUUGUCCAAUCUUAUUAAUUUUUUGAAGUAUUAUGCAUGGUGAAAUACUGUUUGUAAACAGGACCAAAGUCUUAUGGCCAUCAAUGUAAACAGGUGUGAAGGUUUGUACAGUGUGCAGUGUGAAGGAGGGAUCAUGUUAAGAUGGCAAUAUUUACUUUGUCAAAUUUAAAUCUGAUGACAUGUUUAAUUGAAAUCUGUGCAGGUUUUAGUGCUGUUUUUUCCCAAUUCACACCCUUAGUUUUUCAGGGUCAAAUUUUUGUAAUUUUGUUUCUGUAAUUAAUUUUGCUGGGGCAUUAAGUUUUAUGCAAAAAAAUAAUUAGUCUCACCAGGUUUACAUUUUACAUAUUUUUACAGGCUGUGAAUAUUGGAAAAUAUAUCUUCCAUGAAAUACUAGUGCCAUACAAAUAACUAAAUCAAUGAUGUUACAAUUAAAUAAAUACAAAAACAUUUAGGUGAGUUCAUUGUAAACAUCCAAAACAGCCAUCAUAAGUGAAUAUGUUAAAAUAUCUAGAGUUAUUGAUGACAAGAUCAAUAUGAAAAACAUAAUGUGACAUAUCCUUUGACUGACACUAUAAUGUUAUUCUUGUGUUGUUUGGAUUGAUGUAAAAGCCCAAAUCAUUUAUAUUUAGUUUACAUACUUGGUAUAAAUUCUUGCCAAAACUUUUGCCAGAAAACCUCACAUAAAAACUAGCAAACGUGCAUUUUAGUAAAAGUAAUAAAAACUGCUUCAAUUAUAACCAAUCAAUUGUAUUUCAUUGAUCAAUUAACUGUAAGUUUUUUCUUCAAUAUAUGCAAUAUAUUUGAUGAAAAUCGGCAAGUCCUCCAUUUAUGAAGCGUUGAUCUCAACAUGUAUUACACAGCUGUAGAUUGCCUCUUGCAACAGUUAGCUUGGUUGUUCAAUUUCUCAUCACUUUAUGCUACACUUUAGAAUGUUUGCACUACUUUAACAUUUAAAGGUCAUGACUUUGAAUUAAAGUGCUGUAACAAUCAC